CUGCCUGUCUGCUCUGAAAGAUGGAUCUCAGCUAGCAAAGGAUUCUUACAUCAGCUGUCAGAGGCUCUGACAAAGGGGGUUUUUGCUGGUUUGAACACAGGUGGCAGGUAUGGUGAGGCACAGCAUGAUGACUGAGUUACAUGCCUUCCAGCACUCUUUCCAGGAUAACUCCCUGGCUCUGAGCCAAAUGGGGAGCUGUGGGGGAAUUCAGGAUAAUGGGGUUACUCUAGAGGAAAGACAACAAACCCUUUCCCAAGCCCCAGCAGAAACUGAGAAGAGUCACCCAGUGAACAUCCCAGAUGCAGCUAAAAGGAAGAAGAAGAAAAGAACCAAAGCGACAGACAGCUCCAAAGGCACCUUUGACGAUCUCUACAAAUUGACAGAUGAGGUGCUUGGUCAGGGAGCUUAUGCUAAAGUUCAAGGAUGCAUAAGUCUCCAGAAUGGACAUGAGUUUGCUGUGAAGAUCAUUGAAAAGAGUGCAGGGCACAGCCGCAGCAGAGUGUUUCGAGAAGUGGAGACUCUCUACCAAUGUCAGGGAAACAUGAACAUUUUGGAGUUGAUACAGUUCUUUGAAGACGGCUCCUGCUUCUAUUUGGUAUUUGAAAAGCUGCGUGGAGGCUCCAUUCUUACACACAUCCAGAACCGAAAGUACUUUGAUGAGCUGGAGGCCAGUAAGGUGGUCCGCGACAUCGCUCAGGCUCUUGACUUCCUCCACACGAAAGGCAUUGCCCACAGAGACCUUAAGCUGGAGAACAUCCUUUGUGAAGAUACCGAUCGUGUGUCACCAGUUAAGAUCUGUGAUUUUGACUUGGGAAGUGGAGUGAAGCUCAGCAGUGCCUGUACACCCAUAACAACUCCGGAGCUCACCACACCGUGUGGCUCUGCAGAGUACAUGGCUCCAGAAGUAGUUGAAGUGUUCACUGAUGAGGCGUCUUUCUACGACAAGCGCUGCGACCUUUGGAGCCUCGGGGUCAUCCUCUACAUCCUGCUGAGCGGCAGCCCCCCCUUCACGGGUCACUGUGGCACCGACUGUGGCUGGGACCGAGGAGAGACCUGCAGAUCUUGCCAGAGCAACCUAUUUGAGAGCAUCCAGCAGGGCAAGUAUGAGUUUCCGGAUAAGGACUGGAAUCACAUCACAGAGGGGGCCAAGGACCUCAUAUCCAAGCUGUUAGUCCGAGAUGCAACUCUGCGCCUCAGUGCUGCUCAGGUUCUCAAGCACCCUUGGGUGCAGGGGAAUGCUCCAGAGAGAGGGCUUCCAACUCCUCAUGUUCUACAGAGGAACAGCAGCACCAAAGACCUCACUCAGUUUGCAGCAGACGCCAUCGCCUUUAACCGGCAGCUCUCUCAGCACGACGAGCAGCAGGAGGAUGUCGGGGCCAUCGUUUGCUCCAUGAGGCUUUCUCCUCCUUCCAACUCCAGACUAGCCCGAAGGCGAGCGCAGUCCAAUGCCCUGCGCAGCCAGGACUUCGCACCUGCAUCGGACAACCUUGCUGGCUGAUGGAUCAGUACAAGUCCCCCUUGUCGUUUGUUUUUGUUUUUUUGGAUUGAUUUUAGCCUCUGCCUCCUCCUUGUGUUUUUAUUCUUUUGUUUUACCAGGGAGCCUCGUUGGAUCAGCCGCACAGUAUCACAAGCAACUACAAGUUCUUGGUGUUGAAGCUCUCGUUCAUGGCCAGUAAUCUUAUCACCUAGACAGAGUUUAAGCACCAAGAAGCCAGGGAAUUCUUGGCUAUCAACUUUUUAAUUACAAAAAAUAGUUGAGACUCCUGAGGUUCUUCCAGGAAUUAUUUAAAACUUCCUGAAUUUUUUUAAGUUAACUGUUUUAUGUAAGAAGUGCUUUGAGUUUACUUUUCCAAUGGUCUUCGUGGAUGCGUUUAUAGCUAUUACUGCUAAAUAAUGCCUAAUUUUACAGUGAGCCCAACACAGCAGAAGCAGCUCUUAAUGCCACGUAUCUGUCUGUACAUAUCAUAAUGAACUCGGCAUUACAUACUGUAGGUACAGCUCAGUUUUGCAGCUGUUGCUGACCUAAUGCAAUAUCAUCUAAUUAUAACAGAUUUUAUUUUUCUUGUCAUCCAACUGUUGUUUAAUUAAUAUUUUAUUGGAAUACUACUACUGAUGCUUCUCAGUCACUUGAGAAAAGGGAGGAGAUUUCUUCUAUUUUUGCUUUUUUAAAGCAUGCCAGCUUGUUAGAUCUGAUACAAAGGAUAAACAGACAUUUUACUUCACUUUAAGGAAACUUUUCCUCCAUUUUCCUCCAUGAGUUCUUCUCAAAACUUUAUUGAAUUCAAAGAGAGUGCAGGAUUGUGAAUAGAUGUGGAAGUUAGAGAGGGGCCUUUGAUCAAACUCUUCUUUUGAUUCUCGUCAUUUCACCUAAACACAAGCUACCUGUAGCACUGAUGUACUUUAAAGUUGACCACUAAUUUGGUUCAACUGAAAUUGAAUACAUUAAGUUGUUAAAGAUCACUUUGGUCCAACAAUGUGAAUCCUACACUUGUACUAUUUCUUUUUAAACUAUUAUCCUCAUGAGAGUCCAACAUUACCUCAGACUCGUUUUGCACAUUUUGUACUGAUGUGAAAGGUAACACCCCCCCCCCCCCCAAAAAAAACUGCUUAGUUUCUUGAAGUCUUAUUGAUUUGAUAUUGCAGAGUGUUGUGUGAUUGACCUACAGUGUACAAGUUACAUUUGUCAUGGUCGUAAGAAUGAGACUUGAAGGGGGAUUGUGGGUAGCUGCUGUACAAUACGAUUGAGGAAACCAUACUGGUGUUGAAGGGAUUUAUUUUUAUACAAGUAUUAGUAUGUUGUGAAGUUUUGUCUUUUUGAUUCUGAAUGUUCCAGUAGAAGAAAAUUGGACUAACCAGGCGUAGAAGUCUUUCUCAAAGAUUUUCUUUGGUUAAAGUUUUUUUUGCAAUUUUUGAUCUUAUUUUUAAAAAUAAUUAAAUAUUUUUUUACUUUUUUUAUUUGUUGCAUUCAUUUAUGAUCCUGUCUAUGUUGGAGCGGGGCAACUGAUGGCAACAUAUCACUUUUAUUUCCCCUGACCCUGUUAACUUUAUGUGUUGGCUGCUAAAUUACAUGCCCCUGAUUUUACACUGUUGCCAUGGACACCCCAUCCCUAUAGCAACUAAGGUCCGUCAUGAUCCGCUGGCAGGGAUCGGAUCUGCUCGGAGUGAAUAAACAACAACCACUUGCUAUGUUAAAGCCCUCUAGCUCCCAUUAUGAACCAUCAAAGCACCGUUAACCUGUAAUGGCAUCAGAUGAGAUGCAGUCAGUGUGCAAUUAUGGAGUCCCAUUGAAAUGUGUCAAAGCUCUUCUGGGGUCUUAUGAGUGAAGCUCCCAGUGAAAAGCAUAUUUCCACUUGUCUGCUGUGUUCUCAUUAAAAAGAUCCUUAACAUCU